CGUAGCGGGUCUGUCAUCGAAACCCUAGGCUCCUACCCGGAUCCUAGCUGUGACAACGGUUCUACUCUCUCAUUUGAUUUCGAUAAGUUCAUACCGAAAUACAUCUUCCGGGGUCUAGCCAAGGAAUUGAACGGCGACAGCGACUUGUCAAGGAGCAUAAUUCAUCGUGUUUUGACUGAAUCUCAACGGAGAGACUUGCCGCAGGGGCAACCGCUGCUCAUCACCGUUCUUGUGGAAUCGACACGCAAAGUGUAUUUGGAAAGGGAGGAGAUGUGUGCCAUCAGUCUUGACGAUUUUGAGAGCAAACCCAUGAGCAUGUUGCCCGGUUGUCUCCAUCAGUUUCAUAGAGAAUGUCUUGAUGAAUGGAUUAAACGAAGAGGCCAUGACUCUUGCCCUCUCUGCCGCCAUCCUGUUGAUUUUUAA